AUGGGCUUGUCUUACAACACGUACCUCAACAGCAGUAAGAUCUACGGCUGCAAAACGUGCAAAGCGCAUCUGGCAAAUCAUGAGGAUAUUAUAAGCCGAAAUUUUCGUGGCCAGCACGGCAAAGCAUACUUGUUUCAUAGUGUGGUAAACGUCGAAGCAGGUGAGCCGAGUGAGCGCAACAUGACAACCGGGAGACAUAUUGUCCGCGACAUUACCUGUCGUCAAUGCAAAGAAACUGUGGGAUGGAAGUACGACAAGGCAUACGAGAACUCGGAAAAGUACAAAGAAGGCAAAUACAUUCUUGAAGCCGAGCUUUUAUGUAAUGUUACUUGA